UGAAUUGCAACCACGUUUCCCUGAUGCUUACUGCAACCUAGCCAGAGCUCUCAAAGAGAAGGGCAGCGUUGCCGAAGCAGAAGAUUGUUAUAGUACAGCCCUCCGGCUGUGUCCCACCCAUGCAGACUCUCUGAAUAACCUAGCCAAUAUCAAAAGAGAACAGGGAAACAUUGAAGAGGCAGUUCGCUUGUAUCAUAAAACAUUAGAAGUCUUCCCAGAGUUUGCUGCUGCCCAUUCAAAUUUAGCAAGUGUAUUGCAGCAGCAGGGAGAACUGCAGGAAGCUCUGAUGCAUUAUCAGGAGGCUAUUCGAAUCAGUCCUACCUUUGCUGAUGCCUACUAUAAUAUGGGAAACACUCUAAUGGAGAUGCAGGAUGUCCAGGGAGCCUUGCAGUGUUAUACGUGUGCCAUUCAUAUUAACCCUGCAUUUGCGGAUGCCCACAACAAUCUGGCUGCCAUUCACAAGGAUUCAGGGAAUAUUCCAGAAGCAAUUGCUUCUUAUCGCACUGCUCUGAAGCUUCAACCUGAUUUUCCUGACGCUUAUUGUAAUUUGGUUCAUUGCCUGCAGAUUGUCUGUGAUUGGACAGACUAUGAUGAGCGAAUGAAGAAGUUGGUCAGCAUUGUGGCUGACCAGUUAGAGAAGAAUAGGUUGCCUUCUGUUCAACCUCAUCAUAGUAUGCUCUAUCCUCUUUCUCAUGGCUUCAGGAAGGCUAUUGCUGAGAGGCAUGGGAACGUCUGCUUGGAUAAUAUAAAUGUCCUUCAUAAACCACCGUAUGAACAUCCAAAAGACUUGAAGCUCAGCGGUGGUCGACUGCGUGUAGGAUACGUGAGUUCUGACUUUGGGAAUCAUCCUACUUCUCAUCUUAUGCAGUCUAUUCCAGGCAUGCACAAUCCUGAUAAAUUUGAGGUGUUCUGUUAUGCCCUGAGCCCAGAUGAUGGCACAAACUUCCGACUGAAGGUGAUGGCAGAAGCCCAUCAUUUCAUUGAUCUUUCUCAGAUUCCAUGCGAUGGAAAAGCAGCUGAUCGCAUCCAUCAAGAUGGUAUACACAUCCUUGUAAAUAUGAAUGGUUAUACCAAGGGUGCUCGAAAUGAACUCUUUGCUCUCAGGCCAGCUCCUAUUCAGGCAAUGUGGCUGAGGUACCCUGGGACUAGUGGCGCGCUUUUCAUGGAUUAUAUCAUCACUGAUCAGGAAACUCCACCUGCUGAAGUUGCUGAGCAGUAUUCUGAGAAACUGGCUUAUAUGCCCCAUACUUUCUUUAUUGGUGAUCAUGCUAAUAUGUUCCCUCACCUGAAGAAAAAAGCGGUCAUCGAUUUUAAGUCCAAUGGGCACAUUUAUGACAAUCGGAUUGUGCAGAAUGGCAUCGACCUCAAAGCAUUUCUUGAUAGUCUACCAGAUGUGAAAAUAGUCAAGAUGAAAUGUCCUGAUGGAGAAGACAACGCAGACAGCAGUAAUACAGCUCUUAAUAUGCCUGUCAUUUCUAUGAAUUCUAUUGCAGAAGCAGUUAUUGAAAUGAUUAACAGAGGACAAAUUCAGAUAACAAUUAAUGGAUUCAGUAUUAGCAAUGGACUGACAACUACCCAGAUCAACAAUAAGGCUGCCACUGGAGAGGAGGUUCCCCGUACCAUUAUUGUAACCACACGUUCUCAGUACGGGUUACCGGAAGAUGCCAUUGUGUACUGUAACUUUAAUCAGUUAUAUAAAAUUGACCCACCUACUUUGCAGAUGUGGGCAAGUAUUCUGAAGCGUGUUCCCAAUAGUGUACUCUGGCCGUGGCGUUUUCUAGCAGUAGGAGAACCUUAUAUUCAACAGUACGCACAAAAUAUGGGCCUUCCCCAGAACCGUGUCAUUUUUUCACCUGUUGCUCCUAAAGAGGAACAUGUUCGGAGAGGCCAGCUGGCUGAUGUCUGCUUGGACACUCCACUCUGUAAUGGACACACCACAGGGAUGGAUGUCCUUUGGGCAGGGACACCCAUGGUGACUAUGCCGGGAGAGACUCUUGCUUCCCGAGUUGUAGCUUCCCAGCUCACUUGUUUAGGCUGUCCUGAGCUUAUUGCUAAAAAUAGACAAGACUAUGAAGACAUAGCUGUGAAACUGGGAACUGAUCUAGAAUACCUGAAGAAAAUUCGUGGCAAAUUCUGGAAGCAGAGAAUAUCUACCCCUCUGUUCAACACCAAACAAUAUACAAUGGAACUAGAGCGGCUCUAUCUACAGAUGUGGGAGCAUUAU